AUGGGGAACCAGCCAUCUACAGCUGAACGGAUGGUCUUGACCGCUUGGCAAGGCUGGGCCCCACAAUUGGGUAUCCGGGUCUCGGAUGAUGACUUCAUCAGGCUCCUGAGCGGUGUCUCGGGAAUCAGUGGGCGGCAGGCGGGCGGGGCGGUGUCCAGGCCCGGCACGGCGCAGAGUGGGUCUGUGAGAGACGAUGGGACGCCCCGCGGACUUUACAUGUCGCCGGGAACUCCUGCUAAGUCCGAGUAUUCCCGUCCCCGUGACUACGUUCAGCCGAGAUCUUUGCCGACAGAUCGGCCACUGAUUGCGCAGCAGUCUGUGCCACAGCUGACUGCGCAAGCGCGUUCUGCUGUGGGCGCGGUGCCUUUGUCGCAAUCAUCGGCUUCGGUGGGGGGAGGGGCGGUGCAGCCCGCGGCACGUGACGCAGCGGGGGGUGCAGCCCCCCGGGCUCCUUCUCUGUCGACUAUGGAGCCUGCGCAGAUGUAUGGGUGCCGCCCCCAAGCAUCGCCGAGAUCGGGGAUGGACUCUUUGACCCACCCGCUGGCACGCCCCCCGCCGCCUGGGGGGGCCCCGGUUCUGCCGACGGGGCGAGCGCAGUUGCCUCCUGGCCUGCCCCAUGGCGCACCGGAUGCACCGGCUGACUUGAUUUCUUUCACGGUGCCGGCGUCAGUCGGGCAGCAGCAUGUGCUGGGUGGCACCUCCAUGACGUCUUUGGGUCGGCCCUCUGGGGGACGGACUUCUGUGUCUGGGGAGGGAUCAGCCCCCGCCCCAUCUGCCAGGGCGCCACCCCGAUCGGCCGCGGGGCUCCUCGCUUCGCCCGCUGCCCCGCCCGCUGUGGCGGCGACAGCAUCGCCUCUGUCCCUCGUUUCGCCCGCCGCUCCAGCUGCAGUGUCGCGGGCUCUGGCUGAUCCCUUCGUGCCGCCGCCUGCGAUUGGACGAUUCACCGAGGUGCCGGUCGCGGCUCCGGUCCCCGCCCCUCCACCGGCGGCUGCCCCCUCCUUCUCGGGGGCUGCGGGCUCGGAAGCUGCGUCCAGUUCUUCUGUCUUGCGGUCACCAGCCGCUUCACCGGCCUCACUGCCUCCCGUAAGCCCGCCUGCCCGUGCGGAUCGCAGGCUGUCCUGCUUGCCCCCCUCCCAGGGGGCUGGCAGUGACAGUGAGGAUCUCUCCUGCCCCACUCCGCCGAGGGGGCGUGACCGAAUGUCGGAACGUCGGCACCGCCGGGGGGAACAGGCGUCGCAGAGAGAGCUGUGGACGCUGCCUCCCUGUCGAGUGUCUGUGCGGCCGAUAAACCCCCGCCGCUUCUGGGAGGCGGUCAGACAACGGGCUUUGGAGGCUGGUGACUGGGAUCUGAUAGAGCGGGUUCUAAGAGUGAUAAACACUGACCUGCUGGCUCCCUAUGAUAUUAAACAUCUGGCCUCUGUGUUGUUUCAACCGGUGCAGUUUGACGUCUUUAUGAACAACUGGAGGAGGUUGGCCGAGAGGGUUGCAAUGGAGAACGCGCAUUACCCUCAGACAGACCCUAGAUACUGUGUGGGGGUGGAUGCGCUCAUGGGGCAGAAUGCCUUUGCCAAUCCUGAUGUUCAGGCUACUUGGCACCCCAUCAUCCUUGAGCAGGCCCAGAAGGUGGGCUUUGCUGCAUUGAUGAAAACUAUGGAGACGGCCGCUCCCAAGCAACGAUAUGUGAAAAUAGUACAGGGAGCCAAGGAAUUGUUCUUGCCAUUUGUUGAAAGGCUUGCAGCUGCUUUGGAAAAGCAGAUCGAGGAUGAAAAUUUAAGGCAGGUCUUAUGCAAGACUUUGGCAAGGGAGAAUGCAAAAGAAGGGCAAGCAGGGACCCGCAUUGCUCAACUUGUGCCUUUCCAGUCAUGUGUUCCCAGGGCAGAUCAACGGAUGCACGGGAAUGGUGGUUUUGGAUCCACUGGACCACUGCAGAUCUUCUGGUCCGCGGUCAUUUCUGCCGACCGUCCGCAAAUGACGUGCUCCGUGAUUCUACCGGGUGCCAGUCCGCCUUCGAUUCAGCUGCAAGGGGCCACUGCGCAGAAGGGCGCAGAAUAUCCUAUGCUGCCUUUACGGUGGCUGGUGACCAGACCUGUCUGGGAGAACCAGUGGCCCCUACCACAUGAAAAGUUAGUUGCCCUUCAUGAUUUAGUUCAAGAUCAGUUUCGCCAGGGACACAUUGAACCUUCUACCAGUCCCUGGAACACUCCUGUUUUUGUCAUUAAGAAAAAGUCGGGGAAGUGGAGGCUGUUACAGGACCUCCGGAAGGUUAAUGAAGUCAUGGAGAGUAUGGGGGCAUUGCAGCCUGGUAUGCCCUCACCUACCAUGCUCCUCGCGGGAUGGAAAAUCUUAAUUGUUGAUCUGAAGGAUUGUUUCUUUACCAUCCCGUUGCAUCCUGAUGACAGGCCAAAGUUUGCCUUUACCGUGCCUGCCAUCAACAAUGCUGAGUCUGUACGGAGAUAUCAAUGGAAAGUUUUGCCACAGGGCUGCAAGAACAGUCCGACUAUUUGUCAAUGGUAUGUGGCUCAGGCCUUGUCUGGAGUCCGCGAGCAGUUCCCUGACGUGUAUUGUUAUCAUUAUAUGGAUGACAUCCUGGUGGCGGCACCCACUCAGGAAGAACUGCUGAAGGUAAAGCCUCAGUUGUUCGCCGCCUUGCAUUCAUAUGGACUGCAAGUGGCUCUGGAAAAGGUUCAAAGCCAUCCUCCUUGGAAGUACCUAGGAGUCAAAAUUCUUGAACGAACUAUUCAGCAUCAAGAGGUGCAAUUCCCAAAGUCUAUCACGACCCUGAAUGAUGCUCAGAAAUUGCUUGGGGUCAUCAAUUGGUUACGUCCCUAUUUGGGACUGACCACAGAGCGGAUGUCCCCUCUGUUCAACCUUUUAAAGGGGGACCCAGAUUUGAAUUCACCUCGGAAAUUGACUCCUGAAGCGCGACAAGCGUUGGAGGAGGUCCAGCAGGCUUUGUCUGCUCGUCAAGUUUAUAGGGUAGACCCUUCCAUUGAUAUCACUGUUUUCAUUACCUGUCCAGACAGUCAUCCCACAGCUGUUGCAAUGGCGUUUCAGAGAUUUUCUCAGAUGCCUUUGAACUUGGUCACUGACUCUGCUUAUGUUGCAGACAUAACCCAGCGGUUGGACUGCUCACUGCUGAAAGAGGUCAACAAUGCAGUUUUGUUUCAAUUGUUGAGAGCUUUGUGGUGCGCAAUUCAGGCCCGGGUUCAUCCGUACUACAUCCUGCACAUUCGGAGUCACACCACUUUACCAGGUUUUAUCACAGAGGGUAACGCCAGGGCUGACAGGUUAGCCAACCCGGCAUGGGUGGCGCCUCAGCCUGACAGAACUGCACAAGCCAAGGCAUCACAUGAUUUCUUUCAUCAAAGUGCACAUACUCUGCAGAAGCAAUUCGAUCUGACGCCAACCGAAGCUCGUGACAUUGUCAGUUCUUGUGCUGACUGUCAUGGGUUUGCUGCGCCUUUACUGGCGGGGGUGAACCCCAGAGGCCUAAAGGCCUUGCAGCUUUGGCAAACGGAUGUCACUCACAUUGCCAAGUUUGGUCGACUCAAGUAUGUGCACGUGUCUAUUGACACCUUCUCCUCCGCCAUGUGGGCAUCUGCUCACACCGGGGAGAAGGGUCGUGAUGUGAUUGCCCAUUGGAGAAUGGCUUUUGCAGUUUUGGGAAUACCUUCAAGUGUGAAGACUGACAAUGGCCCUGCCUAUGUCUCACAGAAGACGCGUCAGUUUUUAUGCUUGUGGGGAAUCUCUCACAAGUUUGGCAUUCCACAUUCAUCAACUGGUCAAGCCAUCGUUGAACGCGCUCAUGGUACUCUAAAGCGCGUUCUGGAAAAACAAAAAGGGGGAAUGCCCGGAGAGACCCCACACAGUAGGUUGGAGAAAGCUUUAUAUACAAUCAACCAUUUGACAGUGCCGAAAAAUUCAGAGAUUCCUGUUAUCCUGAAUCAUUUUCUUUCAUUGCAUCCAGCGGGUGAGGCGCAUUUGCCCCGAGCAAAGGUCUGGGUGCGGGACCUUGCCACAAACAAGUGGGAAGGCCCGUGCGACCUCAUCACUUGGGGCCGCGGGUAUGCAUGUGUCUCCACAGGUACCGGGGUACGAUGGAUACCUGCGAAGUGUGUGCGCCCUGACCUGCGACAGCAGAAACAGAAGGUGGUCAGGAGACGGUCUUCAGACAGUGACCAUGGCGCUGACCACCCGUCACAAUCUUCAGACGAAGACCAAGACAUCGACCAUCAGCCAGCUGGUCCCUCCACAAGCGGAGAGUGAACAUUUGUUUAGUUUCCG